AUGGGACACAAAGAUAAGAGAAAAAGAAAGCAUGAAUGCAAACAUCAUAGUGAGAAGAAAAAGAAAAAGCGACAGAAACAUCAUGAACGUAGUUGCUCAAACUCCGAUUCUGAUAAGGAUAACCGGUUUGAUCAACGUUUGAAUGCAUUACGAGAAGAGAAGAAACAGAAGAAAAAGAAAGAAAAAGAAAAAAGGAAGGCGAUAGAAACUCCGGAAGAGAAAAAAGCAAGACGUUUAGCGAAAAAACUGAAGAAGGCAGAAAAAGAAUCAGCUGUUGUGUUCGACGAUGAAGCCAAAUACACAAAUAGCAAUAAUCCAUUUAAUGAUCCGAACUUAACUUCUACUUUUAUAUGGACGAAGAAAUUAGCAAUUGAAGGCAAGGCUGAUUUGUCACUGAAACAAAUUGAAAAAAUGAACAGAGAUCGUACGCUAAAGAACUUAGCAGAAAUGGAAGAGCUCAAAAGAAACAGAGAAGCACGAGAUGCAGCUCGGGAAGAUUUGGAAAUGAUCAAAAGGGAUGAAGAAAGGCGGCACAAUUCAGACUGGUAUGCAACAGAAGAAGGAUUCUUACUCAGUCAGGCUAAACUGCGUACACAGAUCAGGCUAAAGGAAGGGCGAGCAAAGCCUAUCGAUUUUCUUGCCAGAUAUAUCAGUUAUGAUAGUGAGAAGGUCGGAAGCACGAAAGAUGAAGAAUUCGAGCUUGUCGAUCCGAUAACGUAUUUAAGGGGACUUAAAAUUAGGGAUUUGGAAGAUUUGCUUGAGGACAUUAAGGUUUAUCGACGGGUCGAUCCAACUGAUAAUUCAGUUUGGUGGACAGACUUUUGCACGGUUGUUCGAUAUGAAGUAAGAAAGCUGUCCAAUGAUGUUAAUUCAACUUACGCUAGAGAAUCAGUUCAUAAUUCUGUGCAAAGUGAUAUUGCCCGUUUAUUCAAAGGUAAAACUCAUCAAGAAUUAGCAUUGUUGGAGACCCAGAUCAAGAAGAAAAUUCAUAGUGAUGAACCUGGUAUAGAUGUGGAAUUCUUGGAAUUUACGUUACAACAUCUUCAUGUACAUAUGGCGAAAGCUCGUAUUCACGAAAGACAUCAGGAAAUAUUACGGUAUAAACUGAAAAGGAUAAAGGAAGAGCAAAAAGCUGAAAGGGGCAAGUGCGAAUGUGAACCUGAACAGGUCUAUAGACAGGAAAAUGGAGAAGGUUCGAGUGGAGUAAAACAGUCAGCUAAGCUAAAAACACUUCCUGUACAACUGGAUGAAUUGGAUACUAUGGAUGAUGAUGUUAAGGAACAGCAAUGGCGGCUUCUGACGGAAGACGAGAUGGAGAUUUUAACAUUGGAAAUGUAUGAACAUGGUUCCUAUAGUCCAUCAUAUGGUGAUGAAAAGGAAGCUAUGCCUGGUAUCGAAAUUUUAGAUGAAGGAGAGGAUAUCCAAAAACGUAGGGAAAUGAUAAGCAAGGCUGAGAGCGGCGUUACGGCGUCCACAUCGAAUGAUCUAUCGAUGGCCGAAUCGAAAAUGGAACUGAUUGCUCGCCGAGGUAUGACGAAUGAUGAGGCAACAUUUUCAGUGGAAGCACCUCUUGAAGCACAAACUUUUCUUUGGUCUGAAAAAUAUCGACCACGGAAACCAAGAUAUUUCAAUCGUGUACAUACUGGAUUCGAAUGGAACAAAUAUAAUCAGACUCAUUACGACAUGGAUAACCCACCGCCAAAAAUUGUGCAGGGUUACCGUUUUAAUAUAUUCUAUCCCGAUUUAUUGGAUGUCACAGAAACGCCCACGUUUACAGUAACACCAUGUGAUGACCCGGAUUUCGCUGUAAUAAGGUUCCAUGCCGGACCACCCUACGAAGAUAUAGCUUUCAAAUGUGUUAAUCGAGAAUGGGAAAUUAGCCACAAACAUGGUUAUAAAUGUCAAUUUGUUAAUGGGAUAUUCCAGUUAUGGUUUUACUUCAAGAGGUAUCGAUACCGACGAUGA